UAUAAAGAUGGCAAACUAUUCAACGACAACGCAUCGACAUCAACGACACACUGCCGUUACAAAGGACAAAGAUGGGCGGGUCCCAGGGGAGUAAACCAGAAGCGCCAGAGGAGCUCAGGAUCAUGCUCAUUGGAAAGACUGGAGCUGGGAAAACUUCAAUCAUGAACACGUUCCUGGGAAAAGCUGCUGUGACGAAGAACUCGUUUGCCUCAGAUGAAGCGCCGUGCACAACCGAGACGGCGCCGUUUGGAAACCAAAGACUGGUUUUAGCUGAUACUCUCGGCCUGUGCCACACCAGCAAAUCUAAGGAGGAGGUGCUGAGUAAGCUCAUUGCAUCCACCUUUCAGUUUGAUUCUGAGCAGGGGCCUCACGUGUUCCUGUACGUGCACAGAUGGGAGGACGGUUUUACGACACAUGAUGUGGAACGAGUGAAAGUCCUGAGGAGGAUCUUUGGUAAAGAGGCCAUGCGUUAUUUCUUCCUCCUGAUCACACAUAUCGAUGGAGAUCUGUCUGGUGGGCAGAAAAACCAGAUAAGGAAGUUUAUUAAGAAAGUGGGAUUUAAAACACAGAAAUACUGUGUUAUUAACAACAGAGGUAAUGAAAACCGAAAAACAAAAGAACAAAAGGAGCUGGUGAAGGAAAUCAAUGAAAUGGUAGAAAAUAACAAGCUAAGGAACUACACCAAGGAAAUGUUUGAACAUGCACAGGAAGUCUUAAGGAACCAAAUCCAAAAGUCAAAAACUCAGAGGCAGAUGGGUGCUGGAGACCAACAUGUGGCCACUGUCGCUAAAGCCCUGUUGUCUCCUGUGCUGCCCGCGGACUUUGUUACCGUAGUCCUACAAGCAAAUGUCUGGCUGGCAACAAAGUUUGACAACUGUCUCACGUAAUAACAAAAAGCAGGGAAGUCGAGACCUUAAGCCUUCAGACUGUAGCAACAAACCCAUUAGAAACGAUCCACAUUUAUUGUGCUGUAAUAAAACAGCAGCUGAUCCAGAGUACUAUAAAAGAGUGAAAUAUUCAACUAUUUUUACUGCACUUUAUUAAUCUGAUACCUUCAGCUUCUCUGCAGACCGCAAUCAAUAGUACAACCAAUGCAUCACCAUGCUUUAGAGGAAAGACAUUUCCACGCUUGCUCCGUCUGUGCCAACUCCACCUUUAUCAUUUUUCUGUAAACACUUAUGUAAUUUUUUUUUAAAAGUGAUCUUUGUGUUUGGUAAUGCCACAUUCUUCUCCUCGUGUGUUCUUUCUGAUUCAGUAAAGUUAAAAUGCUAAUGUAUCAAUCAGUGUGUGAAAUUAAUCAGACAUUAACAGCAAAAUCAGCAAAUAAAAGAUGAUUCAAACAAAA